AUAGGCAGCUGAAGCCUCACAUCCUUGCAAAAUAUCAACCAGAGGACUCAAUAAGAAAUGAAUGUGGCCCUCCAGGCAUGUUUAUCUGGCCCUCAGGACUCUCCCCAGGACGCCUUACUGGCCCUGCCCUGAACUCUCAAGUGCUUUUGCCUGGCUGAAAUGUGUCUCUGAGCUGUGAUAAUGCCUUCGCUGGAUGGAAAGAGGGUUGUGUGUGUGUUUGUGGAAUGUGGCAUACUGUGGAACAGUGGUGUAGCGUGGGUUGCCGGUGCCCAGGGCAGGGCAAGUGUUUUGCCCCCUGGUGGACUGGGCAGCUGGGGUAUGGGUGGCUGCUCCAGGGGGUGUAUGCAGAGCCCAAAUGGAGGGUGAACAGAGCCCACCUCCAACAGGCUCCUCACCUGCCCAGACAUGAGGUUCCCCCAGGGCACAGCUUUAGGAAGUGUUACACACUUGAAAUGCAAACGCUGCAAAAUUACCCUUUUAAAAUGGCGACCACAAUCAUUCUUGACUCAGGGUUUUAUUUAUUUCUAGCAUCCAGAGCAGGCUGCAUCGUUUGAUGAUGAUUUUUGUGCGUCUAAUGCAGUAGGCUUUUCCGUGGGAAAGCUAUGCCUUGAUGAAUGUGUGCUACGAGACAUGUCGUCUUUUUCCUUUGCUGCAACAGACCAAGAGCACCACAGCUGCUCCCUUGGAUGUGAAGGAGGAGAUCAAGCAUCGCUGCUACUAUGCUACAGGCUCUGGUGCACUGUGCCUUUAAGAUUAUGUCUGUGUUUCCAGCUUUCUGGUCUUUCCCAGACUCAGGAGUGCCAGAUGCCAUCAAGAGGGGAAAUAAGGGAGUCCAUGUCAAGAUCCGUCAGCUUCUGGUUCUGCUUUGAGAUACCUGGUGGUACCCAACGCUUUCCCCCCAUGUUCUCGAGAUCUGAUUGUUGCUGCUGCCUUUCCAAACCCUGAGUUUUGAAACAUCCAGAAACUCCUGAGAUGUCGUCUGGAGGUGCUUCUUCAGCAAAGUCCUGCAAGAGGUCGAAAACGGUGAAGCGCCAUGCCAGCAUCUACACCUACCAGGAGCCACCCCACAGGUGAGAGAUUGCCUUUGGAUAGGAUAGGCUAGACUAGAAAGGCUAUGGGGAACCAGGUACAAAGAGAGACUGCUGCUGCUCAGGGUUGCUUGCACAAAGCUGCUGCUGAGGUUAGAUUCUAUUCAGUCCUUAUUAAGCACUCUUGUUUAUAGGAUGAAUUUGUCCUGCAUUCAUCCUGAUUUGCUUACAGGGUGUUUAUACAUCUUCAUGUUAUUCAUUCAUCCCACCCUUUUCAGUGCUUUUCCUUGUCACUUUCCAAACUGCAAAAAGUCAGAUUCAUUAUUUUUUUUAAGGGACUUUGCUGCACCUGGGUAACAGCACACUUCAACCCACUUCAGUUGCACAAAGCUAAAUUUCUGGUAUGCACCACAAAACAGUGACAGUCUGGAGGAGCCCUAAGAGAGGGAAUUUAAUUAGGUACUGAUUCUCUCAUGCUUGCCUGACAGGCUUCACCAGCCAAAAAUGCCCCCUUUUAUUCAGUUGUUCCAAGUACAAGAGCAUAGUCCCUUUGGGGAUUUUCUCAUUCUCUCUCUCUCUCUCUCUCUCUCUCUCUCUCUCUCACUCACCCACCCACCCACACACAUCUACUUCAUUGUUCUUAUUAUUAGAAAAUCGUUGCUGUCCCUCCUUCUGUCACUCAGACACCCAAGGAGUCUAACACAUGGUUUAAAAAUGAACACACUCAGAACACUAUUCUGGGUAUAGCACCCGCGCAGUCCAAAUUAACAAUCUAACCCAAGCACUGCUUUUGCAACUGGCCUUUUGUAAUGCCCUGAAAUGAUGCGUGCAGGAACCUGCAUUUUAAAAUCUCCGUUGCCUGCAAGUUUUCAGAUGCUGUUUCUCUGCACUUCCAGUGUUGAAUUCCAACGCCGUGCAUUUCUAUUUCUGAAAGAUCCCAGCUUUAUUGAUAAGAUUUCGGCAGGGUGGCAAGCGAUUAAAUCUCUUUGGUUGUUUAUUUGUUCGGAGACUUGUUUUAUGAAUGUAGGAAAGUGUGGUCUUCUGCAUCUCCUUCGCACACACAUCUUCACAACCACCAUUGCAAAGAGGAAUACUGUCCAUGCAGUUUAUGCCUCUAGAUGCUGUCUGAAUUCAGUAAAUGUAUAUUAUUAUUAUUAUUAUUAUUAUUAUUACUACUACUACUGCUACAACUACUAGUAGUAUUGUUAUAUGGUUCCCCACCUUUUCUCCAAUGAGUUCAAGGCAACUUACAUAGGUCUCCUUCUUCCCAUUCCACCCUCACAACAAGCCUGUGAGGUAGGUUAGGAUGAGAGAUAAUGACUCUGGCUCAAACAUCAUGGCUGAGUGGGGAUUUAAACCCUGGUUUCCCAGGUCCCAACCCAACCCUCUGACCACUACACAACACUGCCCCUCUUAUGUGCAACAGGAAAUUGUUAGCAAUGAGUCUUGGUUUAAAAAGUCAGACACAUGCUACCUACUUCCCUCAGAGUGUAGUCCUGUGUGUAUCAACUCUAACAUAAGGGGAACCCAAAUAAAGCUCAGUGAGGCUUACUCCCAGGUAAGCAUAUAUAGGAUUGCUUUCCUCCUUGUCCCUUUCCCCUUGUGUGUUGUGGAUUCUUUUUAGAUGGCAAGCCUGUGGAUAGGGACUCUCUUGAUUAUAUGUUUGCCCCUCUGGGAAUCUUUUUGGAUGAAGAGUGGGGUACAAAUGCUCUUAAAUAGAUAAAUAUAUAGGAUGGCAGCCUCAGUGGCAGAGGAAUAAUAUUGCUAUUUUAAAACUAAGGUUGCUGUCGCCGUCAUAUGCAUAUUUACUUCGGAGCAAAUCAAAUUGGGGGACCUAUAUCUGGUUAAAUAUGCAGAGGAUCUGGUUGCAGAACCCUUUAUUCGCAGUCCCGGGGAAUUGAUGGCCUUGAGCCAUUUAUUCUAUUGUUAUUUACACAUACACACACUUCUAGAAAGAAGCACUGUGUUAUCAGUGCAGCUCAGAUGGAAGACGAUGCAGAGCUGCAAUUAAAUGUGCAGCAAGCACUUGUAAUGGAAAACGCAGACAUGCCACUUCAGUCCUACGGAGCCAUGUGUUUACAACAGGGCAGUCCAAAAUGCAGGUAGUUCUCGAGGCCUUUUUUCCAGCCCUCGGCAACAUUUGAACUCCCCCUUCACUCCGAAAAACCCCUUGCGCUGCCUUCCCAAAGCCAGGUAAGAGAGUUGCUGGGCUUGAGGAAGGAAGCAUGAGGGCUCUGGCAGCUUCCUGUUAUGUACUGAAGUUCUCACCCUGGGCCAGCAGGGGGAUACUGUAGAUAGUUAUGCAAAUAAGGGAUCGAAAGUGACGUUCAGUGAUUGGAUAGUUUUUGAAAAUUGUUACAGUUAUGUUGUACUGGAGCUCUAUAUAAGCAGCUGGCUGAACCCUUCAGUUCAGUUCUGUUCUGGCCUGUGAAUAAACAAGAGUUGUUUGAAGAAUCGCUGUGUCGUCUGAUAUGUUCACCCACAACUUAACACCUAGAGUCCCCCAUCCUUCUUCCCAGAGCCUAGAGAGCCCUUUCCCAGCUUUGGGAAGAAGGUAGAAGGGCUCUAGGACCCUGGGAGAGCUUUGUGCCUCCUUCCCAAAGCCCGCCACAUCACUUAUCCAGCUUUGGGAAGGCAGCAUGAGGGCAGGGGGCACUCAAAUUUUGGCCUCCCUCCCAACAUGACAAGUACAGCCCGUGGGUUCCAUGUCUUUUUUCCCCAUUUUUUUUUAUUGAUUUUCCAAAAUUUUUGAACAAACAAACAUACAUCUUAACUUUACUUGAUCCAAUCUUGGUAACAUUGUUAAGUGACUUCCUCAAAUCUCCCUGGCUGAAUUUCAGUGUAUAUCAUUGUAAUAGUUUUCCAAAACCAAUUUUCUCAUAAAAUUAACUUAAUCACUUAACAUCGUUCUUUCUUUUCAUUUUGACUUUAAACAUAUUAUUCUCUAACGUCACAUAUUUAAAUCCUAAGCCUAUCUGGUAUUUGCAAGUUUUCCCAAUUAAGUUAUCUUAGCAUAUUUAACUAAAUAGUCUUUGAAUUUCAUCCAUUCCUUCUGGUACUCCUCCUCCUUCUGGUCGCGGACUCUUCCAGUCAGGUUGGCUAGCUCUGAAAAGUCCAUUAUCUUCAUCUGCCAUUCCUCCACUGUUGGGACUUCUGGUGAUUUCCAAUUCUUAGCUAACAAAAUUCUAGCUGCAGUUGUGGCAUACAAAAACAAUCUAACAUCUUUUUUGGGCAAUUCCAAACCUAUUAUUCCAAGAAGAAAGGCCUCUGGUUUCUUAAUAAAUGUAUAUUUCAACAUUUUUUUUCAAUUCAUUAUAAAUCUUCUCCCAGCAGUCUUUCACCUUGGGGCAGGUCCACCAAAUAUGAUAAAAGGUACCCUCCUUUUCUUUACAUUUCCAACAUAGAUUAUCUCUAUUAUGAUAUAUCUUUGCUAGUUUUACAGGGGUUAAGUACCAUCUAUACACCAUUUUCAUAAUAUUUUCCUUUAACACCAUACGUGCAGUGAACUUGACUGUGGGUUCCAUGUCAAAAUACUCUUGCGGCCCACUUGGUAUAAAAAGUUAACCGCCCUGGUCUACAAAUAAAGUGCCUUGGUCAAGCCUUGAAGUCAGAAAGACAGGUAGCCCGGCUUAUCUGGGACAAUUUCGGUUCUCUCGGUUUCUUACUUUAACAAUCUUAAAUUCAGUUCUCCACAUUUCUGCAGCAAUUUGGGAUUUUCUUAAGGAAAAUAAAUCUCCCCAGGAAAUUUUUGUAUCGUUUUGUUGCAGGUUUCUCCCAGUAGGCACAUUUUUAAUACAGUUUUGACUAAUGUGCACAUUUUUGCAAGCAAUAUAAUUCUACUACAAUUUUUUUCAGUUAUUUUCACUUACAUUCCCAUCGCUGUGCACACAUUCUCCUAAUGUACGCCAUUUUUGUCAACACUUGUUGGAAAACUGCAUCACAAAAAAUCCAGGUAACUGUAAUACAGUGGUGCCUCGCAAGACGAAAUUAAUCCGUUCCGCGAGUGUCUUCGUCUAGCGGUUUUUUCGUCUUGCGAAGCAACCCUAUUAGCGGCUUAACGGAUUAGCGCUAUUAGCGGUUUAGCGGCUAUUAAAGGCUUAAAGGCUUAGCGGAUUAGCUGCUAAAAGGCUAUUAAAGGCUUAGCGGCUUAGAUAAAGGGGGGGGGGAGCGAAAAAAAAAUCUCAAGACUCGCAAGACAUUUUCGUCUUGCGAAGCAAGCCCAUAGGGAAAUUCGUCCUGCGAAGCAAAUCAAAAACGGAAAACCCUUUCGUCUAGCGGGUUUUCCGUCUUGCGAGGCAUUCGUCUUGCGGGGCACCACUGUAAAAGAUGGUCGGUUCAUUUAUUCUCUUAUUGUUUUGAAUGUGAAAAUGUGAUAGAUGUGUCUUUAAAUGUGAACUGAGUUGAAUUUCCUCCCUGGGCUAGAUUUCUCUACUUGGGAGUAAGCCCCAUUAAACUGAGCAAUGUCUGAUUAGAGAUGUGUUGAAUUGUGGUGUUGGGGGCUGCGUUUAUCAGUCUGCUGUUUAAAGCACAGAAGCAUUCAGAAAAGGUGGACUAAAUUAAGUACCAGAGUCACAAGGAUUGAAAUAUCCAACCAUCUGUUUGUAUGAUGGGGGUUUCUAGAUAAUCUGCACUGAUGCAACCUGUAUGUUUUACUGAUGCAACCUUUUGCUUUUGGCUGAAAAAUCACUGUGAUGAUAACUCACCGUGCGCUCUCUGUGUGUGUAUGUACAUGCACCAUGGGAUAUCGGCCAUACCUAGCAACUCGGAUGAAGAUAAUGGGGAUGAGAAGGUUGACAGCAGUGACCCAGAACAGAUCUUCCAGAAUAUACAGUUUCAGAAGGAGAUCAUGGCCAACAUCCGUUGCAGACCCUGGCCCAUGAGGCAGAAACUCAGGGCGUUAAGGUAAUGGAAAUUCUCCAACAACAUCAGUCAUUUCUGAAACAUACACCCUUGUGGGUUUUGUGAUCUCAAAUCAUUUACAUUUUCCAAGAAACAAAUCAAUGGCUGCAUCUGCCUAGUGAUAAGCAGUAGGUAAUAUUCUGUAAGUCAACAGUAGAACCAUUAAUCUGCAGGAUUUCAGAGGGUGAUCUUCUUAGGUCUACCUGGAAAUAAUAAAUAAAUAAAUGCAUACAUACACACAUACAUACAUACUAUCUGGCCAGGCCUCCCCAGCCACUCUGGGCAGAUUCCAGCAGGAUAUUAAAAACACAAUAAAACAUCAAACAUUAAAAACUUCCCUAAACAAGGCUGCCUUCAGAUGUCUUCUGAAAGUCAGAUAGUUGUUUAUUUCCUUGAAAUCUGGUGGGAGGGCGUUCCACAGGGCGGGCGCCACUGCCGAGAAGGCUAUGUCAGGGCUCCUUCAGGCACUGUAGUGGUUAAACACCUUCUUCCUUAGUUUUUGUUUUCUUAAAUUUCUUUGUUUAAGAGAAAACAUUGAGUGGAAUUACAGACCCUCCAAGUGUCCCAGUUUUCCAGAGACAGCCCCAGAUUUACAGAAGUCAUCCCGGUUUCUGAUUUGAUCCCAGAAUGUCUCACUUUUUCUUAGGACAUCCCUAGUUUCAUCGGAGAAAUGCUAGAGGUUAUAGAGUUAUGCGACCCCCCCAAACCAAGUAAACCUUUAGAAGACAUCUGAAGGCAGCUCUGCAUAGGGAAGGGUUUUUUUUUUAAUGUUGAAUGUUUUAUUAAGGUUUUUAUAUGUAUUGGAAGCCACCUAGAGUGGCUGGGGCAACGCAGUCAGAUGGGUGGGGUAUAAAUAAUAAAAUUAUUAUUAUUAUUAUUGAAUGGGGCAUCCCUAUUUUCAUCAGAGAAAUGUUGGAGGGUAUGGAUUUAGCAUUGUUGCAAUGCUCCAAUUUCUUUUAAGUGUAGAGAGAGAGGGGAAGGUCCACAAGGCAGGUUGCAUUUUGCAGCAGUAAUUUGCGCUCCUUGGCAAGUUCGUUAGAUGUUAUUUAUGAGAGGGGGACGUCAGGAGCUGGGGAUGUAAUGAGAUUUUGGCCACGCGGAAUGAAUCUCUCGUCUUCCUUGGCAGACAAGCCAAAGAGAUUGUACUGAAGUACGAAGGUCGGCUGACUCGAACGAGAGGCUACCAGGCAGCCGGAGCUGAGGUUGGUCUGCUUUUCAUUACAAGCUCCUGAACUCGCUUUCCAUGAAAGUGAUUGAGGAUUUCCAUUUGCAGAGGGAAAUGUUUCCAAGUCAUCAUUAUUAACUAAAUGAAAAAAAAAGAGGGCAGCAAGUUAGAGGUUGCCGGCAUAUCUGUCUGGCAGAAAUUCUGAAGGGGAAGCUUUCACAGCCUUGCAAUAUAUAUACAGUGGCACCUCAGGUUACAUACACUUCAGGUUACAGACUCCGCUAACCCAGAAAUAGUGCUUCAGGUUAAGAACUUUGCUUUAGGAUGAGAACAGAAAUUGUGCUUCGGCAGCGUGGCGGCAGCAGGAGGCCCCAUUAGCUAAAGUGGUGCUUCAGGUUAAGAACAGUUUCAGGUUAAGAACGGACCUCUGGAACGAAUUAAGUACUUAACCCGAGGUAGCACUGUAUAGGACUAAAUAUAUAUAAAUAUAAAGGACUAGUGGGGCGUGUCUGUCACCGCCCAGGAAUUUUUAGAAGUGUAAUUUCUGACUUUGGACCCAUUGUGCCAAAAAUUGCCCCAAGUCAUGCCCAAGUCACAUGUUGGUUUGCCAUCUUGAUUCAAAAUGGCGGACAGCAACAUGGACAAAAACUGUCUCCCCCACCUCAGGAGCCCUCGUGCCAAGUUUAGUAUCAAUAUUUCAAGAGGCAGCCGAGCCGUUUGAGAACCAUUUUCCCAAAUAUUGUUACAGAUUUGGGAGGGAUCCCUCAAACCCUAUAAAUUAAUACAGUGGUACCUCGGGUUACAUACGCUUCAGGUCACAUACGCUUCAGAUCAUCCAUGAAUCUGCCCAACCCUAUUUGAAAGCCACCGCUGCCUCUUGUGGCAGCGAGUUCCACAGAUUUAACUGUGCUCUGGGUGAAUUGCUCUCUCUUUAUCUUUUAGCAUUCAGCUGUGUCUUAUGUCCAAUACACUGGUACCUCGGGUUACAGACGCUUCAGGUUACAGACCCUUCAGGUUACAGACUAACCCAGAAAUAGUACCUCGGGUUAAGAACUUUGCUUAAGAACUUUAAGAACUUUGAGAACAGAAAUUGUGCUCCGGCAGUGCGGCAGCAGCGGGAUUAGCUAAAGUGGUGCUUCAGGUUAAGAACAGUUUCGGGUUAAGAACGGACCUCCAGAACGAAUUAAGUACUUAACCCGAGGUACCACUGUAAAUGGUAGUGUUUACCCCUUAACCUUUUCUUCUCCUGAAGAUAUCCCGCAAGGCAGUGGAGGUUUAGGACCAGAGUUUUCCUUCUCCUAGAUGGGCUACCUUCCCAGGUUGACAAGCCCCAUCUACCCCACAGUUCCCUCUCCGGAAUGUGCAGAAACCGCCUUCUUGACUGUUCCACCCACUAAUGGUCAUGUUCACUCAAUCCACCAGAGCUUGUUCUCACAUACAGAGGAAGUCGCUGACUCACCAAGGGUUUGAGACCCAUCAGCUACCGUCACCUGGUUUAGCCAACCAAUCAAAGCUGUUCCUGGAGUGUGGCUGCUGUCACAUGCUGACAGCUUCUAGGAGCCACAGACGGGAGCUGAGUGCAGGAUGGGGCCCAAAGGUGGACAAACCACCCUAGAAGAAGCACAUGUCCCUCACCAGAGGUACUUACUGAAGUGUAGGUGGGUUUCCAUGAGGCAAGACAGUGAUAACAGCAAGAACCUUUAUUGAACCACAUAACUGGGAAACAGGGGCAAAGCAACUGCUUAUAUACAAUCCUGAAAUCCUGGGCCACUCCCACUCCCAAUGUGAUUGGCUGUCUAAACUUCCAAGCUGCGAAUCACGGCUCAGAGUUCAAGGGCCAAUGGCAGAGGCCCAAAUCCUGAAAUGUUCUGUGAUUGGACAUCAUGUAUCGAAUCAGAACACAGGAGCUCGGAAUCCUUAGUCCAGACUCAAGCUCAGGCAAACACAGACCACUGAAUACAUAACACUAACCCUCCCCUAACACCCCAUACACCCCAUGGAAGUUGUAGGCUAGCCACAUCUGGAGGCUGGCAGAUGCCCCUUUGCUGCUUUACAAUAUAUUGCCUUUAUCUGUGCCAUUGAUGUGGUUUUCUGAUUGAUUGAGAAGGUCUGUGCCAUCUGUUAAUUUUUUGUUUAAUUAAAAUACUUCCACUUACAGCAAUAAAGCCUUGGAAGACCCGUGAAAUUAAUUAGCUUUGACCACGGCAUUGAUUAUUCAUGAGUUAACAAAAAUCUGGCUCGAAAGAAAUUGACUGUGCAUGAGCAACUAGCGACCAGAGAAGGCGGCCUCUUGAGAUUGACUAAUGGGCUGAACCAUCAUAGGCAGGACAAUGUUAUUGCUUUCUCAAUACCAUGGAGCAAAAGGGUCAAAUGAGAAAUUUUGCCCAAAGCGCAGUUCAGCAUGAAAUGGAGAGUUACUCCAUGAGCAAAAUGUCUGAGGAAUUUUAAAAGAAAUACAGUGGUACCUCAGGUUAAGAACUUAAUUCGUUCUGGAGGUCUGUUCUUAACCUGAAACUGUUCUUUACCUGAAGCACCACUUUGGCUAAUGGGGCCUCCUGCUGCCGCUGCGCCACCGGAGUACGAUUUCUGUUCUCAUCCUGAAGCAAAGUUCUUAACCCAAGGUAAUAUUUCUGGGUUAGCGGAGUCUGUAACCUGAAGCAUAUGUAACCUGAGGUACCACUGUACAUGUUAUCAAAUGUCAGAGAACUUUCUCCUCUGGGCCAGGUUUGAGGGGGACACUGGGAGUGCCCCACGUCAUUGUAGUCAGAUGUUUGUAUUUUGUUUUGCCAAAAAGUGUGGCCAAAGUGGCUUGCAACAAAUGAUAUGAACACAAAAGUUGUUGUUGUUGUUGUUGUUAAUACCCCAUCUAUCUGGAUGGGUUUCCCCAGCCACACUGGGCAGCACCUAGCAGAAUAAUAAGAAUAAGAAUAAUAAUAAUGCAAUAAAACAUCAAACAUUAAAAACUAAUAGAGAAGACUUGGUUGUGGCUGGGGAAACCCAGCCAGAUGGGUGGGGUAUAAAUAGUACAACAACUACUACUACUACUACUACUACUACUACUACUACUACUUUAAUAAUUAUUAUUUUUAUUAAACCACUCUGGGAAUUGUAGUUCUGUGAGAGAAAUGGGGGGUGGUCCUCUUAACAAUUUUCCAAGCCCUUAACAAACUACACUUCCCAGGAUUCCUUGGGGAAAGCCGUGACUGUUUAAGGUGGUAUGAUACUGCAUUGAAUGUACAGUGCAGAUGGGACCUAAAUGCUGAGAACGAUCCCUUGUGUCAGCAGAGUGUAUUCCUUUCAUGUGAACUAAAGCUGUUUCUAAUAUGUCUGUGUUUUUCCUAGCUGUGGCGAAAAUUUAUUCGGCUUGCAUAUAACUUUGUGGUCAUCUUUAUUCCCUGGGAAAUGAGAAUCAAGAAAAUAGAAAGUAAGUAUGGAGGGAGGCUAAUUAACUAAGAUGUUGCCUGUCAUGGCAAAGUGCUGGGAAUAAGGCUUUCACUUUGGCUUAUUGAAAAUAUUAUAUAAUAUUAUAUUAUAUUAUAGAUAGAUGAUGAUAGAUAGAUAGAUAGAUAGAUAGAUAGAUAGAUAGAUGAUAGAUAGAUAGAUACAUAGAUAGAUAGAUGAUAGAUGAUAGAUAGAUAUAGAUAGAUAGAUAGAUAGAUAGAUAGAUAGAUAGAUAGAUAGAUGAUAGAUGCUUCCAACAUUUGUCAAAUUGAGCCAAUUAAAUCAACAUUCCCUUAUUUUUGAGCUGAGGUUCUAAAGCACACUUCCCUCAGAGUAACACUGCAAUCUUGCAUGUUUCUACUUGGAAGAAGGGAUGGAAGAAUCUGCCAACUUCAGUCUGUCAUUUUUCCUCCCAAUCUAAAGUUUAGUUCGUCUCAUUUCUGAAUCCGUUUGUGAUUAUCAGUGCUAUUUUGGUGGGAAAAGAGGUGCCGGAACUCACCACAAAUGCCUUCCUUGUUCUCUUAGCAUGGCAAUGGCGUCCAUCUGAGAGGUGCAGGAACUGGGUUCCGGCGGGUUCCGGCUGGGAAGAAAACCCUGGUUAUUAUUUUGUUAUUUUUUUAAUGCGGUGUGAAAAUUCACCAGCAUUUUCUUGUGACAUUCUCCUAAUGCCUGGGAGAGGGCAAUCUCUGUGGUAGCCUCUUAAGUUGCCAAACUGCCUCCCCACAGGAGGGACCUUUGUUAUGCAGCUACCGUCAAAUGCUGAAGACCUUCAAAUGCUGAGGUCCCAGGCUUUUGACACUUCAGAUGUAUGUUUUUAGGGCCCACGUUAUUUCUGUGGGGGCAAGUUGUUAGAAACUCUUUUUAAUAUUGUGUUUUAAUUGUUGUAACCCAUCCUGGGACCAUGGGGGGUGAAGGGAAUAGAAUAGAAUAGAAUAGAAUAGAAUAGAAUAGAAUAGAAUAAUAAUGCUAAUACUCCCCCCCCCCUUUUGUGAUUGAAGGUCACUUUGGUUCUGGAGUUGCCUCUUACUUUAUUUUUUUGAGAUGGCUAUUUGGAAUCAAUAUUGUUCUCACCAUCAUGACAGGAACAUUUGUUGUUUUACCAGAGGUAAGCAAUGCUCGUUGGAUGGUAUUUCUUGGUGGGAUGUGUGGAGAGUUAUUUAUUUAUUCAUUCAGAAGUGGUAUACAAAAACACAACAUCAUACCAAAAACAAAACAAAAAAACCCAUGAAAAGGAGAGAUACAACAUUUAAACAAAACAAAACAAAAACAAAACACCAGCAAAAUUGCACUAUAAAAACAGGAAUUCGGUAACAGGAGUCCAGUCUUAUGUGUUAGGUACACUACUGCCUGCCUGCUGUGGUGUGGUGUGGUGUGGGAGAUUUGGCAUGGUAUGUGCUUAUUUAUUUAUUUAUAAAUUAAAGCAUGUAUAUACUGGCUUUUGGCCCUCAAAAGAGCUGCCCCAGGUGGUUUACAUCUUGAUACAAUUUAAAAACUGAAAGCAAUCAACACCUAGGUUCAUAUGCAAAGAGGCAGUCCUUGAGGUGUUUUCACAUACCCUCCAACAUUUCUCCAAUGAAAAUAAGGAUGUCCUAUUCAACAACAACAACAACAACAAUUUAUUAUUUAUGCCCGACCCAUCUGACUGGGUUGCCCCAGCUAAUCUGGGUGGCUUCUAACAUAUAUAAAAACAUAAUAAAACAUUAAACAUAAAAAACCUUCCCUUUACAGAACUGCCUUCUGAAGUCUUCUAAAUGUUGUAUAGUUACUUAUCUCCUUGGCUCGGGGGGUUGCAUAACUGCACACCCUCCAACAUUUAUCUGAUGAAAAUAGGGAUGACCUAAGGAAAAGCAGGACAUUCUGGGGUCAAAUGUCAAGGUUUCAGGGAAUUACCAUUCCUUCCCCCGUGGCAGUCAAAAAGCAGAUAACCGAAAAGAGUUCUUAACCACGUAAAUUAUUCAGUAUUCACAGAGAGAGAGAGACAAAGGAACACCGUCUCUAAUAAGUAAUGGCGUUGCUCCAAGUCAAGUCCCACCCCCUCAGUCCCUCCUAUUCUACAUCACCCCUGUGGCGGCUGAUCUGAGUUUUCUGCCUCUGAGCUUUCUGUUCCACUACUCUCAAUGCACGCCUGGUUCUGGGAGAAGGGAGUCAGGAAGGCUUUCUAGAGACACUGAGUCUGUCAGCUGUCUCUCACCUGGUGCUUCUUCUUCCUGCUGCUCUCUCAAUAUUUCCCAACUUUCCCCCUCUGCAGCCUCUGAGCUAUGUCCUUCUGCAAACCACGAUUCUAAAUCUAUACUGUUCUCCUCUUCUCGGAAGGUGCAGGGGGGCAGCGGCUCCCACCAUUCCUCCUCAGUCCAACCCCUGACAUCAAAUCAAAAGCUGGGAAGGCUUCUGUAAAUCCGGGACUGUCUCUGGAAAAUAGGGACACUCGGAGGGUCUGUUUAAACCUUUGCUUUGUUAUUACAGAUCCUGGCUGGAGAGCCCUUUGGAAGCACUCCAAGCAAGAGCAUCCCUGCUGGGCAAGAAGAAUCUGCACAAGAUCUUGAUACGAUCUGGUCUUUGGGGGCAAGGCGAAAAAUUAUAUUAUCAUAUCAGCAAUCGAUUGGGCCUUUUUUCUUUAGAUGGACUGGGUGGCUACCCUACUAGAUGCUGAUUUAUUUCAUUGGUGUUUCCACAGGGCUACCUCCAGUACUCAGUUUUAUUCUACGGCUACUACGGACAGGCGAGGAAGAUUGGGACAGCAGGCUACCGGUUGCCCCUCGCUUACUUCCUCGUCGGAAUGGCCGUCUUUGCUUACAGCUUCAUCAUCCUCUUAAAGAAGUAAUGGAGCUCUUUUGCUUAAGGCAGGGGUCGCCAACCUUUGGGACUUGGGGCAGACAUUUUGGAUAUUCGAUAAAGCGCUGCGGUCACAAAAUGGUUGCUACGGGGCAUGUGGGAGAGGACGGGCAAGUAGAGGCUGAGCAUCAGGUUCAGCAAAUGCCUGAAUCCCAAAUCCAGAGAUGGGCCAAUUCAGGGUGGGAUCCAGGCUUUGUCCAAGUCAGGUCACGGUUGCCCCAAGUUGGGCCACCCGAAGCGAGCCAGAGCUGUAAGGGGGCAGGGAGUUGAACAGGGAAACAGAGGCAGACAGCCUCUGCGAAAAAACAGCAUGGGUUUGUUUGCAAGCAGGUUUUUCAAACUGCACCACGCUGCAGGGGAACACACACGAUCAGUCAAACUGAGCAGGAUCGAACCCUCUGUUCGUACCCCCUCCCCAAGAAAUCCACUGGACUAAAGUUAUCCAACUGGAAUUGCUCCCCCCACCAUGCUUACAUUACUUCAUUUGCAAGCAAACAAACUGGCUAGGAUUGAAAAAUGUAUAAAUAAGCAAAGGCAUAAAUAAGCAAAGAUGUUUGGGUGGUGUUUUUAUUGAACCAUACCUGUAUCCCUGAGGAAGCGGGUGGCACUGUGGGUUAAACCACAGAGCCUAGGACUUGCCAAUCAGAGGGUCGGUGGUUCGAAUCCCCAAGGCGGGGUGAGCUCCCGUUGCUCGGUCCCUGCUCCUGCCAACCUAGCAGUUUGAAAGCACAUCAAAGUGCAAGUAGAUAAAUAGGUACCGCUCCAGCGGGAAGGUAAACGGCGUUUCCGUGCGCUGCUCUGGUUUGCAAGAAGCGGCUUAGUCAUGCUGGCCACAUGACCUGGAAGCUGUACGCCGGCUCCCUCAGCCAAUAAAGCGAGAUGAGCAACCCCAGAGUCAGCCACGACUGGACCUUUACCUUUACCUUUACCUGUAUCCCUACUGGUGCUAAAAAACAGUGUUUAGGAGCAGGACUAGUUAGAAGAGAGAUUCCAUGGUAGGGAAUACCCAUUUCAGCAUGAACAGUCGUCUCUCAGGAGGAAUCGUCUAUUUAUUUGAAGAACUGCCUGGCCCAAGUCCGGUUUCAAGAUGAAUCACAAUAGAAUAAGGAACAGGUGGAAGAACCAUAAAGUUUCUCACCUGCAGGUAUUAUGUGGGCAGCAGACUGAACUGGCACCCACACAACCUAGCCACAGUCUUCUCUAUUAUGGCGAGAUGCCUUGCAUUCCCACUUAAAUUAUAGUGAUAAUUUCUUAAUUCACAGCUACACAUAUAAAUUUGCACGUGUCAAUUUGGUGCAAACCCAUUCCCUCUUUUGCCAUCUUGGUUACCCUGUGCUGGACAGGUAUGUUGAUUUAUUGGGGGUAAGUCACAUAACCAUUUUUGCAAGCCAUUUCCCAUAGCAUUUGCAAUGAGGAGCAUGAUGUGCAGGAUGAACCAUCCUUGAAGGCCAUAUUAGACAUGGUGUUUGCUGUGCAGUUUUCCCUUUCUAGUUGACUUAAAAAAACAAAACCCUGAUCGUGUGUGGUAGUGGGGUGGUUUGAGAUCGACAAAGAGAUUGCGACCAGGCAUGGGAGCAGGGGCGUAGGAUGGGGGGAGGGUUCCCCAGGUUCCAUAAUGGAGGGGGAUGACAAAUUAUCAAGGAACAAUUACUGCCCUACUAGGGCGGUUCAUAAAAAACUUUUUUUAAAAAAAUGCUUGCUCCAAAGGUCUUAUUUUACUACACUAGGGAUUAUAUAGCUAUAUUUGAAAUUUCAUGCAUAUCAGUUAAUAUCUUGACCCUCCUCCGUGAAAAUAGCGGUUUACUUGGCCGUUUUCCUAUGUCGUGGAGGCUAAAAUUUCAAUUCAGUGGAACACUUACUGUUCCCAAUCCUAAACAUGCAGAAAGCCAUCUAAUUAGACUUUAAUUUGAUUUUGACAUGUUUUUAGGAGGUAAUUUGAUUAUUGCUUGAUUUUAUACCAAUGUUAUGUAUCUGAUGUUAGUCGCCCUGAGCCCGACUUUGGCCGGGGAGGGCGGGAUAUAAAUAAAAUUUUUUUAUUAUUAUUAUUAUUACUUAUUAUUACUUCUUUGUAAGAAAAUAUGAAAUAACGUAAAACCAUUUUUGCAGGCAAUAAAUAAAUAAAUAAAUAAAUAAAUGUGGGGGGGGUGACAAGAAAUUUUCUACACCGGGUACCACCUGACUUUCCUAUGCCUUUGCAUGAGAGAUCUUUAACUCUUUUGCCUCCAGAAUUCUUGUACCUGCAAUGGGAGGAUUAGUAUUAAAAUUAUUAAUGAUUAGCCAUUUGCAGUCGGAGUGUUACUAUCAUUCAGUGCCUGUUCAAACACUGUGCUUUGGAAUGGAGUCAGUUCGCACAUUCAAUGGAGGAAUUUGGUAAUUUGGGAUCAGGUGCUUGUAUGAACCAGCCCUUGAGCAACUCACAUUUAUGCAAUAUCUCCGCUGCUCUUAUCCAGGAUGGCUAAAAAUUCAAGAAUGAGCCUAGCAAGCGCUUCUGAUGAAAAUUACACGUUUUGUUGGCGGGUCUUCUGUGCCUGGGAUUAUCUCAUUGGCAACCCUGAGGCUGCAGAGAGCAAAUCAGCUGCCAUAGUUAACAGCAUCAGGGUAAGCAACUGGUCUCUGUAGCUGGAAGAGAUGCCUGCCUGUGAUUGUUGUGCAUGAGGCAAAUGUGUUACGGACCGAAUGCAAAAAGAAAAGAAAAAUGCAAUACAUUAAUGCUCCAAAGGUGCAAUUCUUGUUAGUGUUUGAAAGUAACACUGUUUGGUGGUAAUUGUUUGUAGAGGCAGCUCUGCAAACAGCAGACAGAACCCCGAAGGGAUUUGUGAAAAAAACCAAAGAUUCUAUUUUAUCCCAAGGAAAUAGAUGACUUUAGAAGAAUUAAGAGCUCUUCUUUUAAUGGAUUGCUAGCUACAGGGCAUUGUGAUCUGCCAAUAAAUGAUAAAGCCUUGCAUUUCUAAAGAGAGAAUAAUAAUCAUCUAGUAAAAUCUGAGUGCACAUGGAAAUAGCAGCACACGGUCACUCCUAAAUCCUAUUAUCCAUAAGAAUUCAAAUAGUCUGCCUCUCUUUUCUGACUGGGGGUAGUAAAAACAACAAAAAGGGGUUGUGGCGCCUAAAAACCUUGACUGGCACCCUAACAGUUCUCUCACACCUUAGAGCAGGCAUAGGCAAACUUGGCCCUCCAGAUGUUUUGGAACUACAAUUCCCAUCAUCCCUGACCACUGGUCCUGUUAGCUAGGGAUCAUGGGAGUUGUAGUCCCAAAACAUCUGGAGGGCUGUGUUUACCUAUGCCUGCCUUAGAGAGGGACAGGAGAGUCCAAAAGGGGGCUGACCCAACAAUGCAAUCCUAUGCAUGUUUACUCAGAAGCAAGUCCCAUGAAGCUCACCACAUGCCAUUGGAGCCAACUCCUAGGGGCCAAGGUCCCUUUGCCCCCCCCCAAUAAAAUAUUUGAGGGGGCUGCCCCCCAAAGUUGAUGGGCAUUGCCAUUCAAAUGGAAAGUGUGCACUGCAUCAUGUGAUCGAUUAUGUGGGGCGGAGCUUAUGUGCCACGCCCCCAAUAUUUUAUUUAGGUUGGCAUCCCUGCUACAUGCUAUUAUUUCUGUGUUUCUCCCAUCACAGGAAGCCAUACUAGAAGAACAGGAAAAGAAGAAAAGCACAAACAUGUAUGUAUAUGUAUCAUUUCCCAGCCUGUGUUCCACGAUUGCAAAAAUGGAAUUGUCUUCCUCCUGUCCUUUUGAAACAAUAUGAAAAUGACUUGCUGAAGCAAUAUCUAUACUUUGUCCUACCCUCGUGUAAAGGGCCGUGACCAUAAGCUUAAGGAUCAUCGCCAACAUCCUUGUUCUCCUCUCACUCGCCGGAAGCAUUUACAUCAUUUACUUCGUAGUGGAUCGAUCCCAGAAAUUAGAGCGCACGAAAAAGGAACUAACACUCUGGGAAAAGAAUGAGGUAAUAAAAACACAUCCUCUUCGUCUCCGUCUGCAGUAUGGGGGUGAUUACAUUGACCUUUGUUACUGGGCUAUCCACACUUAAAUACAGGUUUUGAAAAAUUUUCUCUCAAAAUACACAUUUUUAAACCUUAUAUUGAAUACGGGUUUUGAGCCAAGAACCGAGAGCCACAGCUUAUGUAGAAGUGUGGAAUCCAAGAGAGAGCAGCAGUUUGAUCUGAACAUUAAUCCGAGAUGUGUGGAUCAAGUUAUUCUGUACCCCGUUUAGCAAAUGAUUGAAUCCCACAGGGACCCCUGGCGAAAUUGAGGUACAAACUGCAGACAAGGACAACUGUGACUUUAAAGAAGAAUGGGAACUUUUUACAAUUUAUUUUUUAAAAAAAGCACAAAAUGAAUUGGACUCCUUGGCAGGUUUUGAAUAAACAUACACAAAUUUAUUGGUUGUUAAGAUACUAGACAGAUAAUUUAAAGAUUUUUACAAUUUUACAAUAUGCAGAGAACAACAUGUGUUGAAACAUCAGAGAAAUAUUGUAAAAUUAAUGAAUCUUAGAAGGAUGUUGGAUAGAAACUAAAUGGUUUCCAGCUGUAAUGCUUUAAGAGAUAUGAAAAAAGGUUUACAAAUGGGUAAAAGCUUAAUGGUAAGGAUUUGCUGAACUAACAAACUGAACUGGAAUACAAAAAAGGGAGGUAUGAGGAGGUCCGGGGAAAUAAGGCUAGGGAAGUUAUACUAUGGAAAGUUAAUGUGUUUUUAACUGUUUUUAUCUUGUAUGUUUUCCUUUAUUUUUCUUUUUUUUUUUGUUAUAUUUUUAAAAUCUUAUUCUUUUUUCUGUAUUUUGUACUUUCUUGUAUUUUUAUUUUUUGUUUUUGUAUUCUUUGAAACUUUAAUAAAUAUCAUUUUAAAAAAAAAGAAACAUCAGAGAGAGGAGCUGAGGGUAGUCGGGGGGGGAGGGAAGGAAGGUUCUUCUUGGGAAGGGGAAAAAAUUGGGGGGGAGGAAGAUGAUAUGUUUUGAUAAUUUGUUGUGUUGAAAUCCUUAAUAAAAACUAUUUUUUAAAAAAAGAAUUCCACAGGGACCUCUGCUAAAAAUCACACGUGUCCCUCUUCUUUCCAGGUGAGUGUUGUUGUCUCCCUCAUCACAAUGCUCGCUCCUUCUGCCUUCGAAUUGGUUGCUGCAUUAGAAAUGUACCAUCCUCGAACAACCCUACGCUUUCAGCUUGCCAGGUAUGGGAAGGAGGGCUGGACUAAUUGUAUAGUGGUACCUCGGGUUACGGGGACGUGGGUGGCGCUGUGGGUUAAACCACAGAGCCUAGGACUUGCUGAUCGAAAGGUCGGCGGUUCGAAUCCCCACGACGGGGUGAGCUCCCGUUGCUCGGUCCCAGCUCCUGCCCACCUAGCAGUUCGAAAGCACCUCAAAGUGCGAGUAGAUAAAUAGGGACCGCUCUCCAGCGGGAAGGUAAAUGGCGUUCCGUGUGCUGUGCUGGCUCGCCAGCUGCGGCUUAGUCACGCUGGCCACGUGACCCGGAAGCUGUCUUCAGACAAGCACUGGCUCCCGGCCUCUUGAGUGAGAUGAGCGCACAACCCCAGAGUCGGUCACGACUGGACCUGUUGGUCAGGGGCACCGUUACCUUUACCUUUUACCUCGGGUUACAGACGCUUCAGGUUACAGACUCCGCUAACCCAGAAAUAGUACCUCGGGUUAAGAACUUUGCUUCAGGAGGAGAACAGAAAUCGCGCAGCGGGAGGCCCCAUUAGCUAAAGUGGUACCUCAGGUUAAGAACAGUUUCAGGUUAAGAACAGACCUCCAGAACGAAUUAAGUUCUUAACCUGAGGUACCACAGUAUCAUAUUUUUGUCUGUAUGGUAGGGCUGGGUGAUACCAGGUUCAACAUGGCAGUGUUAUCACCAGCUAAACAUCGCGAUAUAGUGACACAUCACAAUGUUGAAAAGGAAGGAGCAUCAAGCCCCCUGGCCCCAUAAGAUGCCAGGGUGAAACUGCUGCUGCUCCCUCUGUCGCCAGUGCCCAGCACAUGGAGGGAGGAGCAAGGAGCACUGGCCCCAGCCCUGUGAGGCACUGGGCUGAAAUUGCCACCGCUCCCUCUGCCACCAGCACCUGGCACAGGGAGUAAGGAGAAGAAAGGCAAGGCGCUGAGCAGCAGGCAAGCCCCACCCACAAUAUACCACUGGGUAAAGACACCAUCGCGAUCUGGUCCUGGUUGAUGUAUCAAUACAUUGCCCAGGCUUACUGUAUGCUACAAUGGGGAGGCAGUGGUUGAGUGGCAGAACAUCUAUUUUGCACGCAGAAGGUACCAGGUUUAAUCCCUGGCAUCUCCAGGUAAGGCUGGAAAUAUCUCAUGUCCGAUAUCCUGGGAAGCCACUGCCACUCAGUGUACAGUGGUACCUCGGGUUACAUACGCUUCAGGUUACAUACGCUUCAGGUUACAGACUCCGCUAACCCAGAAAUAGUACCUCGGGUUAAGAACUUUGCUUCAGGAUGAGAACAGAAAUCGUGCUCCAGCGGCGCGGCAGCAGCGGGAGGCCCCAUUAGCUAAAGUGGUGCUUCAGGUUAAGAACAGUUUCAGGUUAAGAACAGACCUCCAGAACGAAUUAAGUACUUAACCCGAGGUACCACUGUAUAGGCAAGAAGAAGCUGGAACAGAUCCAAGUGUCUAACUCAGUAUAAUUCAGUUUCCUAUCUAGCACUGUGAACUGAUGGUAGCUUUCUGAACUUGACGUUUCUGUUUUUGUUUUGACAGAGUUCUUGUCUUAUAUCUGGGAAAUCUAUACAGUUUGAUCAUUGCACUUCUGGACAAAGUAGACAGCAUGAGCAUCGCUGUAAGUUGCAAAUCUCGACCAUCUUUGGGAUGUAAGCUCUGUGCUUUUUAUUUAUGUUUUUGGCCUUUAAUGUUCCAUCUGUUUUUCUGAGGAACUCAAGGUGGAUAACAAGUCAAAAUGCAAAAACAAUAUUUCAAAAGUAUUAAGAGGGUCCAAAUGCAUAAAGAAGAGAUUGACAGACAGGACAGCUUACUCUAUGGCAUUAACCCCUUCAUGCAUUAAUUAGACUUAAGCAUGCUGGCUCCCUCGGCCUAUAGAGCGAGAUGAGCGCCGCAACCCCAGAGUCGUCCGCGGCUGGACCUAACGGUCAGGGGUCCCUUUACCUUUUAUGCUGGCUAUAUGAGGCUGGUUAUCUCACAGUUUGUUGCUCUCCUCUGAACUGCUCCCAGCUGGUAAGAUGCUGUGCCCACUGAUUUACCUUAUAGGGCUGUUAUAAGGGCUGGAAGAGAACCUGUCACCCUCCAAAUGUGGUGUACUCCAUAUUCCCAUUGUCCCUGACCAUUGGCUGUUGACUGAGGACAGUUGGAGAGUUGGCCACAGGUUCCCUAGCUCUGUCCUAAAAGAUCUAGAUCUCCAAACUGUCUGGAACCAGGAUAUUUUAAGCACCACCUUCUUAAGGCUUAAGUUUAUGAGUUUGACUUUUGCUCCAUGAUUUCAGGAAUCUGAAGUUCACAACAAUGGAAGCACCACAGUGAUUGCCACAACCACUUCAGCUACUAAACUUGUUAGAGAAGACAACUUUUCAACAAUCAUUCCUAGUAUGCACAUUAUGAGGACCAGCACCUUUCUUCUGGUUGACAACCACACUCAAAGCUACGCUCUACCCAUCAGCAUGGUGACCAACAAGACAACAUCUUAUGAAUCCAACACUCAGAGCCACCAAGAUCAAUGUUGGGAGACCUAUGUUGGGCAAGUAGGUUUGACCUUUAUGUGAGACUAGACAGGCAGGUACCCAAGACAAGGUCUUUGCAGGGAUGGCAGCAGGAUUGAUGAAUGGUUCCACUGUGGAGAUCUGUUGAGCCCUUUUAUAUGUCAGCUUUUGGAUCGGGGAUGGGGAUUCUGUUUUCCUCAAAAUGUUGCUGGGCCAAUUGUAUUCACUGGAUUGAUUUCCAUUCCAAACAUGGGACAGACAAACAAACUUUGUUAGGCAAUUUCUACUCCCGUAUCUGCAUUUGUUGGAAUUCUCUGACAUUCCUACCCAUGACUAAAGCGUGUGUGACAUCAACACAGAAUAGAAAUAGUUUGAUCCAUCUUUCCCUGUUCCUGGCAGUAAUGGAAGGUACAGAGGCGCAUCCCUUGCCCUGGAAUGUGAUAUUUUUGCAUCCUUCCUGUUUCAGGAAAUGUUGAAGCUGUCGAUUAUUGACAUGCUCUUCACCGUGGCGAGCAUCCUGUUGAUUGACUUCUUCCGUGGGCUUUUUGUCCGAUACUUAAGUGACUGUUGGUGCUGGGAUUUGGAAAGCAAAUUUGUGAGUAUAUACUUACUAUUAGUAAAGAAGGAGAAUGGGAGGUAAAAACUGGGGGCACAUUACACAGACAUGGAGGUAGCUGCUGACUACUACAUCCCUAUAUUGCAUCACCCAGCCCUUUCGCUGUAACACAAUGGCGGGGGAUCUGUGGACCCUGCAGAUGUUGUUGGACCAUUAGUCACUCUGGUGGAGCUGAUGUGAGUUGCAGUCCAACAACAUCUGGAGGGCCACAGUCUCCCUACCGCUACUGGUGAUUAUAUCUGUGAUUAUUAUAACACCUCCAGUCAAUAGAUGGUGCUGUUCCACAUCCUUUAGUGCCCAGCUAAGGUUCUAUACCUUGUCCAUCUUGUUGUUCUUUCUUUGGGGGUUCCUAAAAUGGGCAGAUCUAAACUGGGGACCAAAGCACUGUUGUUUUAACUUGCUAAUUGGUUAUAAAGUCUGCUGUUCUAAGUGAGUGUUAACAAUAAUUUCAUUUAGUCACAAUGCAACAUUCCCCAUCUUUGCUUUACAGUAAGCAUCACCUGGUGUUCCAGCCAGAUCUGCUCUCUUUGGGGCAAAGAAUUAUAUUGACAACUGGCUGUGGUGUAUUAUUACAUUAAGAGUGCCAUAGAUGAAUAUUUACUCUGAAAAAAAGAGUGGCUUUCUAGUCCUGUACUUUUGUUUACUUUGCAGCCAGAAUAUGGAGAAUUCAAAAUAGCAGAAAAUGUCCUGCAUUUGGUCUACAAUCAAGGGAUGAUUUGGUAAGUGAGUACACAUAUGAAAUUUUGUGAGAGUUGUAUUUUUUUAAAAUUGUAAUUGCAAUUGGUUUUAUUUUAAUUUUUUCAAUACUUGUAUUCUGACAAUACUGAGCUCAAAGUGGCUCAGAAUGGCAUUAAAAAUUAAACAAAGAUUGCAGUCACUAUUAAUCAUAUCAAAAGCGCAACAGCAUAUAAAGAAGGCAGAAAACAAACAAAUUCACCAAACUGUUAACACAUUUCAAUACAAUCUCAUAGUGAUUCAAAAUAACUUUUUAUGCGAUAGAUCUAGAUUGUGUGUGAACUACACAGGAAAAACAAGUAGUCUGUCUCACUGAUUCUGGAAUAAAAUGUCAUGUGUACAUGGCUUGAGAGAGCUCGCAAUUACCCCACCUGUUUUGAGAUGACCAAUGGCAAGCUUGCUUACCUGUAUCUCCCCUCUCUGCUGUGCCUUCCUUUCCCCAAAUUCAUCGCUGCUUGCGGGGACGAUGCUUGUUUUCUCUCCUAGGAUGGGAGCCUUCUUUUCGCCCUGCCUCCCAGCGUUCAACGUUCUCAAGCUGAUAGGGCUCAUGUACCUGCGGAGCUGGGCUGUGCUAACUUGCAAUGUCCCCCAUCAGCAAGUCUUCAGAGCCUCAAGGUAGGUUAGUCAGUGAGUAAGUAAGAUGGCCCUAGGGUUGUAUCCAAUGCUAGUCCUAUUCUGUGUAGACCCACUAAACUUGGUGUGCACACAAUCAACUUAGGUCCACUAAUUUUGAUUGGUCUCCUCUAAGUAGGACUUUGUUGGCUUCACACCAGUCUAGCGAGGUGGAAAACAGUAGCUUCUGCUUGUAUAUAUUAAAUGAAUGGGUGUGUCUUGCUUUUAAUUUAUUUUUUAAAAAAAUAACAACUGCUGGGGGCUGGGGCUGGUGGAAACACACAUCUGGGAAGCAGAUUUUCAAUCACUCACCUUUAAUUAGUUUAUUUAUGUAACCAAACAUAUAGACUGCUUAAUUUAAAAAAAAAAGAUUUCAAAGCAAUUUAUAUGAAAUAGUAUAAAAUAUUUAUAACAAAACAGUGAUCAAUAAACUUUUUUUAAAGUAGACAUCUAUAAAACCAUCAAAGUAUAGAUAAAAUCAACAGUGGCCUCUUCACUGUGAAGACCCCCUCUUUCCUAGAGGGCGUUAGUGGGUCUGACCUGAUGCCAGAAACACAGUUGGGGAGGCUGUGCGUGUGAUUUUUACAGGGACCAAGGAACUGGGGGUGAGGGGAGAGAGUUAAUCUCCCUCUUGGGGUACUGCAGUCUCAAUUCUCAUUGCCAGUAGCAACAUUAGGUGCAGACUUCGUGGCUGAAGUCAGGGGCAGCUUGGGGUGGGGGUGGCAGUGAUGCAAAUAAGGCCAGCCAGUGAGGGGCAGCUAAAGGGGUGGGUGUGUCAUGCCUGCCUCUCAGAUGCCAAAAGGGUGAAAAUGAAGCAAAGCAGCAUGGGCAUUCCAUGGCAGUGGAGGGGCAAGAGGGGAAGAGGCAUCUGGGAGAAAGGACAAACGGCCUUGGCCCGGUAUACCUGAAGGAGCAUCUCCACCCCCAUUGUUCAGCCUGGACACUGAGGUCCAGCUCCAAGGGCCUUCUAGCGGUCACAGGGAACCAGGCAGAGGGCCUUUUCGGUGGUGGCUCCCACCCUGUGGAACACCCUCCCAUCAGAUGUCAAGGAAAUAAACAACUAUCUGACUUUUAGAUGACAUCUGAAGGGAGCCUGUUUAGGGAAGUUUUUAAUCUUUUAUGUUUUUGAUGUCGUAUUAUUAUUAUUAUUAUUAUUAUUAUUAUCAUCAUCAUCAUCAUUAUUACCAGCAUGGCACAGGGGAGGGUGUUCCACAGGGUGGGAGCCACCACAGGGUGGGUGCUUCAACCAUCAUCCCUGGCCAUUCCCCUGCAUGUAAUUGCUGCCUUAGCAGGAUGCCUCAAAGACAAGCAUUCAUUUAAUAUAUCCUUCAGUUUCCUCUGGAAGUAGAGUUUUGCAGGGCACUGUAGAUCCCGAGAACGUUCCAAAUGCCUUAAAGGAAGGUGUGUGUUUAUUAGAACUGAUGGUGCCAUGAGGGGGUGGGGACCUGUUGCAGCCCUCCAGAGGUUCUGGGACCCCCAUCAAUGGUUGAAGGAAGCUGGAGCUCAAUGACAUCUGGAGGUUCAGAAGUUCCUCCCCUCCCAGGUCUCAUAGAUCGCAAAUCAGCUUCUUCGCCUCCAGGUCAUCAAUUCGAAGCCAGCAAGGGGGAGAGAAAGGCUAUAGCUUGAUGGCACUUGAAUUGUUCGAAGUUCAUUUUCUAUGUGACUGUACUGCACUGGGAUCACAUGGGACCUCGGCAGGAGAUGGAGCCGUCGGCCAAAGAUUGGAGCUAGGCAGCUCAGGGUGAAUGCCAAAAGCCAAACUGGACCAAGAAGUAUAGAAUAGGUCAGAGGGAUGACAACUGGUCAGUGAGGGCAGAUCAAAGGCACAGAUAACAACUGGGCAGUGAGGGCACAACAGCACAACAAUGCCAACUGUGUGGUUAACCAACAGAGAUGGCAGCCAUCCUGCUCCUCUCUCGGCCAGUAACAUUUAAUAAAGCAAAACCUGUGAUUGAUAUGAUGUGAUCACCUUCCUUCCUCUCUUCCUUGGAUGCUGCUUGGGCGAAUUUUUACCACCAUGUGACUUGCUAUGCUUUAUUAAAUAUUACUGGGAGGGGUGUGAAGAAGAGCUAAAAGGUAAAGGGAUCCCUGACCAUUAGGUCCAGUCGCGACCUACUCUGGGGUUGCGGUGCUCAUCUUGCUUUACUGGCCGAGGGAGCCGGCAUACAGCUUCCGGGUCAUGUGGCCAGCAGGACUAAGCCGCUUCUUGCAAACCAGAGCAGCGCUCGGAAAUGCCGUUUACCUUCCCCCAGAGCGGUACCUAUUUAUCUACUUGCACUUUGACGUGCUUUCGCACUGCUAGGCUGGCAGGAGCCAGGACCGAGCAACGGGAGCUCAUCCUGUCAUGGGGAUUCGAAUCGCCGACCUUCUGAUCGGCAAGUCCUAGGCUCUGUGGUUUAACCCACAGCACCACCCAUGUCCCUCAAAAGAAGAGAUAGCCGGCUGCUGAUUUUGGUGACAGCUAUGCAAUGGCUGUAAGGGCCACUUUGGAAUGUUUGUGUGUAUUUAUCUACUUGCACUUUGACGUGCUUUUGAACUGCUAGGUUGGCAGGAGCAGGGACCAAGCAACGGGAGCUCACCCCGUCGUGGGGAUUCGAACCGCCAGCCUUCUGAUUGGCAAGCCCUAGGCUCUGUGGUUUAACCCACAGCGCCACCCACGUCCCUCUAGACCUUGGUUAUAUCCCCCCAAUAACCAAAACAGGAACUUCCGAGGUGGGGCAAUGCCAUAUAUCUUCCUUCCUAGCUACAGGAUACAGUGGAAGGAAGACUUUGGCGUCAAGAAUUCAAGUUUGAUGGGUAAGAUGCCCAGGGAGAAGGAAAAUCCUACUCAAGGGAGGAUUCCCCUAGCAAAAGAAUUUGCUGUGAAUGAGUUAGGGUGUUGCUAGAACCCUUUAUGCAGAAGAACUGGGUAUUAACUAUUUCUUUCCUUGUAGAUCUAAUAACUUCUACCUGGCUAUGCUGCUCUUCAUGCUGUUUUUGUGUAUGCUUCCAACCAUAUUUGCUAUUGCCCGCUAUAAGCCAUCCCUUACCUGUGGGCCGUUUAGGUGAGUUGAUGCUAGUGAGGCUUUAUUUGGGGUUUGUUGUGUUGUGUCAGAAUCCUACAGCAAGACAAUCACUUAGACGUCAUCUAGCCCAUGCACCCUUGCUCAGCACAGGAAUCUGACAAAGUUCGGAAAGACAAAACUCAGAUGUGCUUGUCUCCAUCCUUUUCUCCCAGUCCUUUCCCCACUUCCCCAGCAAAUGCAGGCCUAGACGCCUACACAAGAUUUCCAGUUAUGGCUGUGAAGCUUACUGGGUGGCCUUGGGCUAGUCACUGCUUCUCAGCCUACCCUACCUCACAGGGUUGUUGCAGGGAUUAAAUGUGGAAGGGCAGAACCAUGUACAGUGGUACCUCGGGUUACAGAUGCUUCAGGUUACAUACACUUCAGGUUACAGACUCCGCUAACCCAGAAAUAGUACCUUGGGUUAAGAACUUUGCUUCAGAAUGAGAAUAGGAAUCGUGCAGCGGCGGUGCGGUGCCAGUGGGAGGCCCCAUUAGCUAAAGUAGUACCUCGGGUUAAGAACAGUUUCAGGUUAAGAAUGGACCUCCAGAACGAAUUAAGUUCUUAACCCAAGGUACCACUGUACAUCACUUUGAGCUCCUUGGAGAAAAAUGUGGGAUAAGAAUGCAAUCAAUAAUAUGGCUGUUACCAGAAGACAACUAUGAAGUGUCUUAAGAUGCUGGGGAUUAUUAUUAUUUUUCUCCCGAGAGAGCAACUGAAUGUUUUUCACCCUAGCGGACAAGAAAAAAUAUAUGACAUUGUGUCCGAAACCAUUCAAGCUGACUUUCCUGUCUGGUUCCACAAGAUGAUGAUUUAUGUGAGCAGCCCUGUAGUUGUCCUCCCGGCUUUAUUGCUUCUCUUGUAAGUCUAUAAACCUCUUCUAUCGAUUUCACUGCCAACAUUACAGCUGCUGUUGACCUACAUGUUCAGAACAUCCUUUGACCCUUCUCAGACUGUAUCAUUUUAGAAUGAUGACUGACACCAUGGUGGAAUAUGCUGUCCUAUGACAAAUUCUCCCCAGGCAUAGAAAAAGUAGCAUAUAAAGAAACACUUUAGACCUGAAGCUUUCUUCCUGACUUGCUCUUUCCAGAUCCCCCCCCCCCCAAUGUGGAGGAGCUUCCAGUCUUCCUAUUUAUAAACACACACACACACACACACACACACGCAUGCACACACAUGUCUGGAUUUGGGUCUACGUCCCAUUGAGCUCAAUAGGACAAGUGAGCUGUGACUUAUUUUCAUUCUGCUAAUUUCAAUGGGGUUUUUAGUGUGACAAGCUGUCUCUGGUUUGAGGCCAUACAUCUGUGCAUGUAUGUUGUCCUCAGGUGUCUGGGAGGUUCACAGGAUAACACAUACAAUAAGGCCACCCUGUCCACUUCAGCUGAACACUUCAGUUGAAGGUGGCUUGGAAAGGAAUCUGUACACAAAGUUCUCCAGUGAAACGAAUGGGAAGAAUGAAUCGUGUGCAUCAUAGUUCACACAGGGGUCUGAAUCAGGAGUUUAAUGUGUAUUUAAGUCUUACUGAUAAUGGAAGAUUGGUGCAUGGUGUAUUUUGGAUUGGAGGCUAUCUGGUAUUCUUCUAACCUGCUCUUAUGUAAGUGGUCUCUCAAUUCUGUGUAUUGAUCAGCUUAUUGAUCAGGUCCACACCUGCUUAGUUUCAGCAACUCUGCAAGAUUAGAAGUUUACACAACAUUCACUGAUCUUCAUGGAAAUGAAUGGUUUGCAGUUAUAAUCAUAUCACUGUCCCCGCACCAGAGCAAUGUGGUUCAGUGAUGACCCUGUGUUUCUCUCUUCCAGCAUGCUAAUUUAUUAUCUGCAGAGUAUUGCUAGGUCGUUAAAAUUCACUAACAAUCAACUGAGGAUGCAGAUCCAGAAUGUAAGUAUCUGUUAUCUUUUAAUUUUUAAAAGCUCUUAUUUCUCAUGUUUAGUGGCAUUUCAUAAAGGACCUAGCACCAAAAUAUUGGGUGGGCGAGGACUGGAAGAGGAACUGUAAUAUUUAUUCUGCAUUAGCAAUUUGCACUGGGUGUUUCUGUUAUUGACAGAUCCUAUUCAGUCAUCCCAAGUGUUUUGUGUGCAUUCUAGGAAAGAACUGAAGACAAGAAAAAAGUGGUCCAAAUGGCAGCAGGUGAGAAGAAAUGCUAAAUCCACAAACAGGAACCUAAGAAACACUUAGCUGUAUUUGACUGAAUGCUCUUUGGGAGCACAGACCAUCUAUUUCAGCAACUACUUCCACCAGAUCCAUUAGGAAAUCAUGUCACAUUUAUGUCAGUGGGAGACUUAGCAUCAAUAUUGUUGGGUGCAAAAUUGUUCAGUGCUUUAUUGUUCUGCUGAAAAAUUUGUUUUGUGAGCUCAUGACUAACAAUGCAAAUACAAUAUUAGACGGGCCUGACAGUUUCAAAGUUUUUAGCUUUGUUUGCUAAAUUAGAGCACGCUGGGCAGCUUCCAACAUAUAUAAAAGCAUAAUAAAACAUUAAACAACUUCCCUAUACAGGGCCAGUGGCGGAGCUUCAUGCUCCAGCACUGGGGGGGGGAGGAGGUGGGGGCGGGGCUGGCAUGCGUCCCAGGGGGGCGUGCCACCCACAGGGGCGUGGUCACAUCCUGGAGGCGGGGCGUGCUGCCUGUAGGGGCGUGGCACCCAGCACGGGCAGGAGGCAGCCGUGAUGGCACCCCACUAGGAUCGCGCUGCCCGGGGCGGUGCGCUCCCCCCGCACUCCUCUUCCUCCGCCAGUGUACAGGGCUUCCUUCAGAUGUCUUCUAAAGAUUAUAUAGUUAGUUAGUUAUCUCCUUGGCUCUCCAAUAUUUCUUCAAUAAAAAUCGGGACGUCCUAAGGAAAAGCAGGAUGUUCCAGAAUGAAACCAGAAACUGGGACAGCUUCUGUAAAUCUGCGACUGUCCCUGGAAAAGAGGAACACUUGGGGGGUCUGCAGUUGUGAAAACAACUGUCCUAGUUGAUGAAUAAAGAGGCUAUAACCAUGUUCUUGAUUUAAUCCACAUCUUUAGCCAGAAUACAAACUACGGAAGGAAACGACAUAAGGCCGGAGCAGGAGAGUGACAUCAUCAGCCAGGAGUCCUCAGCCCGGUGCUCGACGCCGAGGAAGAACGGCAGUGUGGUGAACUUUGAAUCACCCAAAGGCAGGAGAAUACAAACCAUCUCCCAGUCUGUAGCACAGCCUGAAGUAGCCAAGCCAGUCAGCCCACCGCCGGCAAAUGCUCCUCCUGCGGCCCCAGCGCCUAUAGCGGCUCCCUUGCCCGUAGCAUCCCCAGUGCCCAUAGCUCCGACACCUGUCACUCCAAAGCCAUCUCUGCCCAGUGUACCGAAGCCGAGAGUGGAACCAAUCGCCAACAGGUAAAACCCUCCUCUUGAGCUCUGGAAGUAAAUGGAGGCCCACAAGAAGCAGCUUCAGUUGUUUUGUUCAUGUUAUGCUAUUGCAGACCAUAAGAAGAGCCCUGCUGGGUGCCCAGGUAGUCCAGCAUCCUGUUCACACAGUGGCCACCAAAUGCCUAUGGGAGACCCACAUGGAUGCAACAGCAUUCUUCCCACUAGUGAAUCUGAGAAACUGGAACCCGGAGGCAAGCUGCCUCUUUUUCCUCUCUAAACCAAUAUGAGGUCCUAUUCCUCAGAGUAUGAAGAGCCAGCUAGAACUGGCCUAGUUGCUGAGAUUGGAAACCAAACCAUGAGAGUGCAUGCCAAGGCACCCAAGCCCCAAAGUUCCCAGGAGAACAAUAAAUCACACUGACACGAAAUAUUUGGUUUAUGGGUUCAGAUAGGCCACAACUUUAUUGGUUACAGAUGUGAGCGGUUUGGCGGUGAAGCCAGGCUAUAUCUUGACUCCUGCCCAUCUGCAGGGAGUCCACAGAAGGGUAAACCACUGAUAGGAGGUGACUUAUAAUUACGUCAGAUAGUGGCACCCCAUGGGGUCCCCAUAAGAGCUGUGACAUGGCCCUAGCCCAUGCCCAGGCUUCGGACAGUAUUAACACCCCAGAUCCCCUUAGCAGGAUAUCCUUACUGAGGAGGGGCAGGCGAAGGCAACAACCUCCCCUCCAACCAACCAAAGGCUUACCCAAUGCCUAACGUCACAAAAGUUGUGACGAUUGCUACUAGGUAGGCAAAAACCCUCAAAGCUGGUAGCAUUUGUCAAAGUCUCUUUCAGGAAGAUAGUUGGCCAUUACUGACAAUCUUGCGGAAGGACACCCAUUUGAUAACAAACUGGUGUAGACUAAGGACGAGAACUAACAUGAGAACAGGCCUUCUCUGCUUUGGCCCCCCAUCUGUGGAAUGCUCUCCCCAGGGAAGUUCGCCGGUGCCUUCAUUAUACACCUUUAGGAGCCAGGCAAAAACGUUCCUUUUUAACCAGGCCUUUGGUUGAUCUGUUUGACAUCCUAUGCCCUUUAAAAAUGUUUUUGGGAGUGGGGCGUUAUUGGGUUGUUGUUUUUAUUUUGAUUAUAUAUUUUGUGGUUUUAUAUUUUGAUUUUGUUCUGUGAACCGGGCGGUAUAUAAAUUCAAUAAAUAAUCAUAAUCCACACUUCCGCUUGUGCCAUGCCUAGAAAGCAUGGUUCUGAGCAGUUAUCGCUCAUUUCCCAGGGAAAAUCCGUUUUUUAGAUAGACAGGAACAAAUGGCAAUCCAGGCAAAACCCAAAUAGAUAAAGGUAAAGGGACCCCUGACCAUUAGGUCCAGUCAUGACCGACUCUGGGGUUGCAGCGCUCAUCUGGCUUUAUUGGCCGAGGGAGCCAGCGUACAGCUUCCAGGUCAUGUGGCCAGCAUGACUAAGCCUCUUCUGGCGAACCAGAGCAGUGCACGGAAACACUGUUUACCUUCCCGCCGGAGCGGUACCUAUUUAUCUACUUGCACUUUGUGCUUUCAAACUGCUAGGUUGGCAGGAGCAGGGACCGAACAACGAGCGCUCACCCCAUUGUAGGGAUUCGAACCGCCGACCUUCUGAUCAGCAAGUCCUAGGCUCUGUGGUUUAACCCACAGCACCACCCACGUCCCAUAAAUAGUUGGCCCCAAUUGAGUGCUAAAGAGCUGUUUUCCCCAGGGAGAAAAGCAGGAGGAGAAGUGGAAGUGUGGAUAAGCCCUAAAUUAAUCUGCCUUCUCUCACACACACUUUCUCUCUUUCUCUUUCUCUGUAGAUACCCAAGUGCUGCCCAUGGAAGUGCAAGCGACCUCUGCAAAGCCAAGGCUUUCACCCCUGUGAAGUACAAGAAACGCCUAGAAGAUGUUCACUCAGAACCUCUGUUCAGGAAGAGCCUUCGACAAACCAACCCCGAGGCUCGCGGCGCUGGCGGCACCCCUGCUUUUGUGGGCCGCCGGUCUCACACAGCCAGGUACUUCCUUGUCAACGAGCACGAACCCCGGAAAAAGCUCCUCCGGUCCUCCACGCGGCUGCCGAGGAAUUUCCGAAUGGACGAGUCGGGGGACAUCGUGGAGCUGUAUCCGAGAAACAUCAGGAGGUACAUGGUUCGGACGCCACACAGGGCCUACUCCCCUCAUUUCAGCGAAGAGGAGGAAGAAGAGGAGUUGAGGAGAGCUCUGGCCAAUAGAUCCCACCGCCCACGGUCGCUCUCUGAUCUCCGAGCAGCCCCCCGCUUCUACAUUGGGGAGUGUGCUGACAGCCAGAUCCUGAAUAGCAAGGCGCUGGCGAAGAUGCACUACAAAUCUUGGGAGGAUGGCUUUGGGCUCACGUUUGGCAGGCCCCCUCAUGCCCACCGGAAGAUUCACCUGAAGAACAUUGAACUGGAUCCGCGCUACCCGGAGCAGCACCCAAAGGCGAAAUCCAAACACAAGCCCGAGCCGUCCCCGACGGAGUCUGACUCCAUCUCUGACGAAUCGAGCAGUGACCAGCCAACUAGCGGCAACGACCAAUACAUCCAAGUCAUCCACAGUAAAGACAAGUACCUGAAACCUGGAGCAACAUUAACCAGGAAGAAAUCCAAGACUGGUGCCGACUUGAACAUGGCCGAGGCUAAUGAACUGAUAUGCUCAAAUGUUUAGUGGGGAGGGACGAGGCUGCUUCAUUCGAGAGCAGAGGUUCCUAAACUUAUUUGGCCUAGAACGCCCCCCCCUUCCAGAAAAGAAAAUGCAGUGGUACCUCGGUUUUCGAACGUAAUCUGUUCCGGAAGACCGUUCGACUUCUGAAACGUUCGAAAACUGAGGCACAAAGGGCGGUCUCCCAAUUUAAUAGAGAAAUUUGUGAAAAACAACAGAGACAUGCAGUGGAAGCCGUUCAACUUCUGAGGUGCAUUAGAAAAUGGAAGCAUAUACUUCCGGGUUUUUGGCUUUCAAAAACCAAAACGUUCGGCAACGGAGACAUCCAAAAAUUGAGAUACCACUGUACUCUGCCCCCCCCCCACAGGAAAGGUUUUUCAAAACUGGACGAAGGGUAGGGUAGGCCAUGGGAUUAAAAAUCCAUGGGGUGGACCAGAGUCCGAUCUGCCCCGGGGUGGUGCCACAGCCCACCUGCCAUUGGCCAAAUAGGCAGGCAAGCUGAGAUCCACUUUCCGGGCUUGGUGAACCACAGCUCCUAUCAACCCAACUGGCCAUGCUGGUUGGGGCUGAUAGCAGCUGGGGUCCAGCCAUACCCAGAGUGCCACAUGGUACAUAUCCCUGCUUUAAAAAAUGUUUUGAAGCAAAGAGGCAAUUGCAUUGUGCUUGGAGCAUAUACCAAUCAGUCCUUAUACUGAGCAAGAUUCUCUAUAUUCAAUCAUUCGUGGCCAAACUUACUGUGAAACGAUAUUGCAGCAGUAGAGAAAGGCAUUUAAAAGCACUCACAAGAAAUGUACAGAAACCAUCGUGUGAAGCUUAUUCCAUCCUCUCAUGAAUCCUGGUGUAUCCAAUCUAAGUGUACUCACAAGUAAGCCACAAUGCAUUCAAAAGGACAUAUUCCUAGGUUAAGUUUGUAUAAGAACACAACAGGAAGUAUUGUAUUCUGCAACAUUGCCAGAAGGUGGCGAUGCUGAGUUGCUCUCUGUUAUGCUUGGGUACCACCUAUGGCUAGAGGAUGGUACUACAUCUUCCAGUUCAGCAGUUGCCAUGUGACACAGGUAGGCCAAUAGGGAUCUACCUGGUUGUAUAAAAAUCACUCAGAUUGGCUCUUCCUUGCUCCGAGUUUGUAUGACAACCGCUUUCAGAUUGCAAACCUACUUAGCACCUCAUUGCCUGUUCUGCCUCCAGAUCAACAGUGCACUUUCUAACUCUGUACAAUACAGUGCUCAUCACUGGCAUUAAAUAAAAUAUUAAAAGCAGUAGUUGAACAUAGUUGAAAACUCACGUCUGGUCAACUCCCUUCUUAACAUCAGUGUUUCGUAUCUGCUUUGCUUCAGUUUUGCACGGUGCCCGUUUCCAAUAUAAUGACUAAGGCUGCAAUAUUAUAAAUCAGUUUAAAGUUUAAUUGUUCUAAGAGGUGCGGACAAUUCUCACUGAAACAGCAAAAUAUAUUAGGCUAACCCUAACACAUAGGAGGUGAGAGGCUGGACUCAUAUGUUUACACACAGUAGCCGCGAAACUGGUUCUUCCACAUUUUAUGGAAGGUGGAGGCAAAAACAGAUUGCAGGGUUGGUCUGUAAACCCUGCCUCCUUAUUUUAUUACUGACGUACUCCACAAGGGUAGCAUUAUAGUGAAGCAAAACGUCUGAUGGCACCUUGGAGACUACAGUGGUACCUUGGUUCUCAAACUUAAUUCAUUCCAGAAGUCUGUUUCAAAACUAAAGCAUUCCAAAACCAAGGCGCGCUUUACCAUAGAAAGUAAUGCCAAAGUGAUUAAUCUGUUCCAGACUUUUAAAAACAACCCCUAAAACAGCAAUUUAACAUGAAUUUUACUAUCUAACGAGACCAUUGAUCCAUAAAAUGAAAGCAAUAAACAAUGUACUGCAGUCACACAAUCAAUCAAUCAGUAGCUGAACUGGGUCCCACACAGUAACAAAAACAAAACAAAAAGAGCGGCAAAAACAAAAACGCAAAAUAAAUAGCAAAAACAGACAGACCACAGCAUAACACGAAAAAUGGGACUGUGGCAUUAAAAAUGGAAGUGUAGCACUCAAAAUGGAGUACGUUUGGCUUCUGAAAAAAGUUAGUUCCGGGUUUGCAGUGUUUGGGUUCCAAGUUGUUUGAGUACCAAGGUGUUUGAGAACCAAGAUACCACUGUGCAAAUUAUUAUAGUCCAUCUUUCCUCCAAGGAGCUUAAGAACUCUGACCCUUCCCCAUUUUGCAUUCACAAUCUGCUUAAACCAAACCAAACCUUCAGUUCAUCUGCCUCAUUGGUCUUCUGCUGCAGACCAGGAGAAUGCAGUACUGGGCCACAACCUCAUCUAAGCUGGGCCACCAUGGCAGCACUACCAACAUACAGAUAUAUCAUGGAAAUGAUGGUCCUUGAGUCUGAAAAGGCUGAAGAUUAUUGAUUUAGCUUGAUAUUGUCAAGACCAGGGUUUCCCAAACUUGGGUCUCCAGCUGCUUUAGGACUGCAACUCCCAUCAUCCCUAGCUAGCAGGACCCAGUGGUCAGGGAUGAUGGGAAUUGUAGUCCCAAAACAGAUGGAGACCCAGGUUUGGGAAACCCUGGUCUACAGCAACUGGCAGUGGCUCUUUGGGGUUUCAGACAGAUGCCUUCCCCAGCCAUAUCUGCAGAUGCCAGGAAGUGGGGAGGGCGAGGCUUCUUGUUAUAUGAGAAGACUGGCAAUGAAAGAGAGAGGCAUGUUAAAUAGGGCAUAAGUGAAAACAAGAUCCAGUCGAAAGUGUAAAAGGUUCAACCGGAGUGGGCGUAACCCUCUCUCAGCUGGUAAUGAGCUGGCAAAGCAAGAUUUGUAGCGGGCAUGAACGAGGACACAUUUACUUUCCACAGUGGGCUAGCCACACCCAGUCUCUGUUGAGCCCAAAUCUGGAAGUGUCAAAUUGCACAUGAAUUCCAGCUCAACAGCUUGGAAGCGUCCCUUUGCAACAAGCAAUAUAUGCCAUUGCGUGCUAGCAAUGACUGCUCUCCACAUCAAAUGGGGAGCGCCUUUUGCGUGGUCGGGCGCAGCCCCCCGGAUCCCAGUGCGGUUCCUGGUAGUUCAGGCUGGCUUCAUCCUCCCCAGGCUGGAUACCUGGAGGUCUCCGCCUACCUCAGCCAAUCGCCCAAUCCCACCUAGGGAGGCAUUGCCAGGGGAUCGGCCAGGUAAGGGGAGGGUCUGCCCUGCCCACACAACAGAAGGUGAAUCUUACCUGCAAAGUGUCAGUUGGCUC